AACAAUGCAGAACCAUUCGGGGCAGAGCCAGAUGAAUCAGGAGAGGAGGAUGGUGAAGAGAUCACGAUGGAGGCUGUUGAAGCCGGCCCCUUGCUGGAGCAGGAUGAUGGCCUGGAAUACCAACUGCCAAAGCACCAUCGCUGUGCCUGUCAUCUUCUGAACCUGGUGGCAACAGUUGAUGUCCAAGCAGUGAAUGAAGACCGGAUCUACAUAAAGCUCUCUCGCUCAUCGUUUGCAAAGUGCCAGGCUCUCUGGAACAAGAGCAGCAGAUCCACCUCGCCUACAGAGAUAAUUGAAGAACACUGCAAACUCCAGCUCCUGAGGCCUUGUGAAACAAGGUGGAAUUCUCUCUUCUAUGCUGUUGAGAGGAUUGUACGGAUUGUGAAAGAACAAGGAGAAGCAGCCAUUGCAGCGAUCUGCAGCACGCUGAAGAUUCCGAUGUUCAGUCCUGCUGAGAUUGCUUUUCUCACAGAAUAUGCAAAGACCAUGAGCCCAGUUGCAAAAGCAGUUGAUGUUCUUCAGGGUGAGGCAAACGUGCAGAUGGGGUGGCUUGUACCCACCAUCACACUGCUCAAGUCCAAGCUCCAGAACCUUCACACCACCUCCAAGUACCGUGGGCCAUUGGUGGAUGCUCUUCAAGCAGGGCUUGAACGUCGCUUUGGAGAGACGCUUGCUGAUCCAGAGCUGAUUGCUGCUGCCAUUCUUGUCCCCAAGUUCAGGACACGCUGGACUACUGAUGAAGGCAUCAUUAAAUGUGGCCUUGACUACAUCAAAACCCACCUGAAGGAGCAGAGUAGUGCAGCACAGUCAGGUGACUCUCUGUCGUCAGCAGAAGAGGAGGACUUCUUUUUGUCAAUCAAGCAGACAGAUCAACGGGACGGUAACACCAAACAACUAGAGUCCUACCUGGCCAGUCCAACUGAUACCAUGGACAUCCUAAAAACAUUUCCAUCUGUGUGCCACCUGUCUCUUAAGCUCAACACACCACUACCUGCCUCAGCUGCCUGUGAGAGGCUUUUUAGCACAGCAGGAAUGAUUUUUAGUCCCAAGAGGGCUAAGCUGCUUUCUGAGAACUUGGAAAACCUGCUUCUCAUGAAGCUCAGCAAAAGGUUUUGUUAA